UCCAACACAUCUAUGAAUUAUAUGACACAUUCGUCUUAUGUUUCGUGCAGUUUGUUUGUUUAUAAAAAUAUUUGUGCAGAAAUUUCAUUCAUAAUGAUUGAGAAAAGCAAUUCGAUAACUGACAUUUUGGAUAGUAUAAUUUCAAAAAUAGAAACAGAAUUGGAGCAGAAAUCGCUACACAUACACCAAUCGGAAUUCGAAAAUGUUACAUCAGAAAAAAGAAAUCGAUUAUCGUAUGAUUCGAUGGAAGACGUACACUGUCGUAUUUGUUAUGAUCCUAAUCAAGAACUACCUAUUAUGUAUCCGUGCAAGUGUAAGGGAACAAUGGGCGCGAUCCAUCUAAAAUGUUUGGAACGGUGGUUAGAAGAAAGCAAUAGGAAUAAUUGUGAAUUGUGCGGCCACGAGUUCCGCAUGGAACGCACGCCUCGUUACAAGGUUCUUCGAUCUGUUAUAAUCUGGUUAUACCUGAAUCACAGCGAUCAGAUGUAUGUCCGCAAUGUGAAGGCCGAUCUACUAAGAUGUCUUAUAGUGACACCAAUGACCAUUGCGUGUUCUUACAUCUGUGUAGUGGCUGCCGAUUUUUACGCUAUGAAUAAUUACGACAAUUUUCCACCCGCGCGAUGGACUACCUAUUCCUUACUAACAAUGAUGGCGUUACUAAUCCUGUCUUUCUUCGUUUGGAUCUACAUGGCAGUACGAUAUCAUCAAAAAGCAUGGUUUUACUGGUGGCAGAAAACCAGUAGCGUGAAAAUUAUUGAUUUAAUGCCGAAAAAUAUUGCUUUAAAUAGAAACAAUAAGUGUGAUGUGUCGCAAGUUUAACAAUAGAUAUCGAGGAUAAUAA